CUUGAAAUUGAUGGAAACAGCGAUACAACAACGGUCGUUACAUACACUCUUAGCAAUCCCAUUCACGCUCGUUAUAUUCGAGUUGUUGUUGUACAAUCUAAUGGUUGGCCUUCUAUGAGGAUUGAGCUCUAUACAGUUCUUUAUACUCCUGAUGGGAAUUCCAUAACAUGCAUAGUACCUUUCGGCACGGAUGUAUUUUGUGUUUUCUUUUUGCUAUUUUUGAACAUCACACUCUACUCAUUCUCGAAAGGUGAUAAAGGUUGCCGAGAUCUCGAUUUUCUUCGUUGUCAUGCCAACAAGACUCUAAAAGAUCACGUGAUCAGAUCGCUACGUGUGUCGUCACCUGCGAAGCCAAAUUGUCAGCACGCGUGCUUUGUGGAGGAACAGUGCAACUCGUACAACUUGGGAAAGGAGCUCGACGACAAGUCUUGUGAAUUGAACAAUGCUGAUCACUUAUCAGACCCUGAUGACCUGGUACCUAGCGCAGGGACUCAUUAUUGCCCCAUUAAGAAUCCAUGUGCAUCAGAGCCAUGCCGUGCCGCUGGCAAAGUUUGUCUUCCAGACUUUGCGUGGAAUACCUACCAUUGCAAAGAUGGCAAGUGGUCUAAAUGGAGCGCAUGGUCGGAAUGUCGGUGCUUUAAUCGAGCUCGUUCACGUGAAUGCAAGAAUCCGCUGACCAAACAAACAGCAACUGAUUGCAAUGGACCAAAGACACAGAAUGAGAAAUGCCAACAUAAGAUAGAAUGCGUCUUGCCACUUGGAAUGCAAGAUAGAACAAUACCAGAUGAUCAAAUCACGGCGUCGUCCAUUUAUAAAUWUCGGGGAGGCCGGGUAGCCGAUGGAUGUAGGCCAGCAAAAGGUCGUCUUAACCAAUGUUGUCGCCAAGCUUGGUGUGCAGAGAAGGCUUCACCUGGAGAGUAUCUACAAGUUGAUUUAGGAUCAGUCAAGAAAAUUGACAAGAUAGCAACGCAAGGACACGACGGCCCUAUUACUAAAAAUUACGUCACCAAGUACGAGUUGCAUUAUUCAAAUGAUACUAACGCUUGGCAGAAGUACCCAGUGCAAAUUAAUGGAAAUGUAGAUUGGACAUCAGUCGUUACAUACAGUCUUAGCCCUCCCGUCCAAGCUCGUUAUGUUCGAGUUGUUGUUGUACAAUUUUCUACGUGGCCUGCUAUGAGAGUUGAGCUCUAUACAGUUCUUUAGUUAAUACAACCAUUUAUUCUUCAUAUUCAUUUGAAAAUGCAAUAAGCUAACUGUAAUAUUAUUCGAGCAUUUAUAAGAUAUAUCAAUCAAUGUAUUAAUCAACCAAUAAAUCAGUUAAUUGAUUAAU